AAAUGGAGAACGAUAGAAAAGCCAUUGAGAAGGCAGAAAACCUCAGCAAACAUGUAGCAGUAGAUAUCAAUAGUGCAUGGCUCAAUUCCAUGAAUGCGAAGCUGGCAGCCUCUAAUCCAAAUCCAUCUACUAAAGAUCCAACCACCAUCUUUAGAGUCCCCCCAAUCAUCCGGCAGGCCGAUGCAAGCAACGCUUAUGAUCCCCAGAUCAUCUCCAUCGGCCCAUUUCACAUGUCCAACAAGCAGCUACAAUCCAUGGAAGAACACAAAUGGCGGUACCUAAACAACCUCCUCUCUCGAAGCCCGUAUAGUAAGCUGAAAGUCUGCCUCAUGGAGAUAAAGGCCAUGGAAGCCCAAGCACGGAGCUGUUAUUCUGAGAGUAUCAAUGUUGGUAGCGAUGAGUUCGUGCAGAUGAUGGUAAUCGACGGUUGCUUCAUCAUCGAGCUCUUCCUCAAGCAGGAGGAAGCCAUUGGGGUGGACCCCAUUCAUCGGACGGCUUGGAUGCUGCCGAUUAUAGCCCGAGACAUGCUUCUCUUAGAAAACCAACUUCCUUUAUUCAUACUACAGCGAUUGUUCGAACUUACAGUUGAAUCCAGCCAAUCAUCUCUCAUUGAUCUCGCGUUUGAUUUUUAUAGACAUUUGUUUCAGAUUUACGAUGGAAUGCAACAAUCAAUGGGAUCCAUCCAUCAUCUGCUCCAUUUAUUUCACUUACAUCUCCUCCCAUCACCUCCACCAGAUGACUUACACCCCAACGGUUACUCUCGCCUCUAUAGCAUGCCUUCAGCGGGCCCACCGCCACCGAGAUUGAUACCUUCAGCAACAGACCUCCAGCGAGCUGGAGUUAGAUUCAAGAGGAACUCGAAAGUGUCCAGCUUCUUGGAUGUAAAAUUCAGUAAGGGAGUGAUGGAAAUCCCACUUCUAUCCAUCUACGAAUACACAGACCAUCUCUUCCGAAACUUCAUGGCCUUCGAGCAAUGUCAUCCCAUCGCCGGAGACCACUUCACCACCUACACAAUCCUCAUGAAUUGCCUCAUCAACACGUCCGCUGACGUGGACUUACUGAACCAAAACAAGAUUAUAGAGCAUCGGUUGGGAAGUAACGACGAGGUGGCUCGUCUCAUCAAUGAGAUGACCAAUGGCGUGGCUUUCGAUCAUGAAAACGGUUACCUUCCGGGUCUCUUCAAGGAGGUUAGGGGCUAUAGUGAGGAGGCUUGGCAUGCAUGGCGGGCUAGCAUGGUUCGUAACUAUUUCAGUAGUCCAUGGGCGUUUAUUUCACUCAUAGCCGGCCUCUUCGCUUUCAUUCUCACCACUACGAUGUCCAUAUUCGGUAUCUAUUCACAUUUCCACCCGCAUCAGUUGUAAUUCUGGUUUGAUUGAUCGUUUUGUAAAUGGCUACUCCAUGUAAUUUGAUUGUGAUUUCUGUUUUAAUUAAGAUGGUUUAAUA